AUGGACUAUGAUAGCUUGAAUAAAAAGCAACAGAUAGUAUUUGAGAGAAUAAAAUCACAUUACCACAGCAUGCUCACAAACUCUCAAACUGAACCACUAAGAAUCAUCAUCAUGGGAACAGCAGGAACAGGAGUUGCAGCCUUCAAUAUUGGAGGGAGAACAGUUCACUCUGCACUAUCUAUACCAAUAUGUAAUAAUAGUAAUAACCUAGACAUAAAUGGAGAACGGUUAAAAAUUUUACAGCAAAAGUUAGAAGGUGUGAAAUAUAUCAUUAUAGAUGAAAAAACUUCCACCUGUGCUCAAUCUCCCCAUGAAGUGUACAAGCUUGAUGUAAUUCAACGGCAAUCUGGAGAUUCUGAAGAGCAACAAAAAUUUAGAGAGAUCCUCUUACAGUUGCGCAAUGGGGAAUCAACUAUGGAAGAUUGGGUAAUACUUAGCUCAAGACUUGAAGAUAAACAGUCUAGAGAAGAAUGCAACCGAUUCUUAGAUGCUGUAUAUAUAUUGACAAGGUGGAUCAAUGUUGAGUUCAUUAAUAAGCUCAGAUCCUUGAAUCAUCCAGUAGUUAAAAUCCUUGCUGUACAUACUGGUGGCAGGGAGGCAAAAAAUGCUGAUUCUGAUAUGGCAAAAGGACUUGAAGCUCAGCUGUUCUUAGCCAAAGGGGCACGUAUCAUGUUAACAGCAAAUCUGUGGACAGCAGCUGGGUUAGUUAAUGGCUCCAUGGGGACCAUUCAUGAUAUUAUCUAUAAUGACCAAGGACCACCAUACCUUCCUACAGUAGUCUUCAUUAGCUUUGAUAAGUACAAAGGGCCAACCAUUAGAUGGAACCAAGGUUGUCCCAAUCACACCAAUCUGACGUACUUGAGAAAGCAAAAAUGGAAGAGUGUGUUCGUGAUUACAAUUCCCAGUUUGUCUUGCCUGGGCCAUCACAGUGCACAAAAGUCAGGGACUCACCUUGCCAAGAGUUAA